AUGGCAGUUGUCACAGAGGUAACGGAACAGUUGGUAAGCGGCAAGGGGAUGCCGGAGCUGCUGCAAAGGCGAAACGAUAAGAAAGAAAUAUUCAAGUUGUUGCUAGACAAGAGGGUUUAUGAGGCUCUCGAGUUCGUCGAGGUGCUCCCUAACCGAUGGAAAGAAAUACUCGAGCUGUUACUUGAGAAGUGCGGUGAUCAAAUCCAGAUUGGGCCUGACGUGAUUAUAGAAACUUCUGCAGCCCAGGAUAGAGGCAGUGCAUUGGAGAUGUUCCUAGGGGAAAGAGGUAGUGAGAUCCAACUUACACGGGCAGCAGCCGAUACGGUACUCAGUAUGGAGGCAGCACGAAGAGGGAAGUCAGAUCAACGAUGUUCUUGA